CAACACUGUAUGUAUGUUUUGUCAAUGUUGGCGGCUUAUUUUGCAUAAAAACAAAUGUAGAAGUUUUUCAUAUGUAAAUAUAAUGUCGCAAAGAAAUAUAACAUCAUUUUUCAAACCCAAAGAUCCGAAACGUGAAACAAUAUUAGAUUUGGAAACUGUACAGAAGAAACCUCCUAAUGAUGAAUCAGGUGUUAAUAAAACAGUUAAUAAUAAUGUAGUACCUAUCAAACGGCACUCGGAACAAGAAUUGGAUAAUGUUUCGAAAAUUGUGAAGUUAGAACCUAAAGUAGAUGAUGAAACAUUAAAUAAAAGAAAAGAAGUUCGCACUAAAUGUUCUCCAGAGAAGAUAAUAUCAAUGAAACUCAAUGAUGAAAAGGACUCGGCAAUAGCAACUGAUUAUAAUCCUGCUAAAGUAAAUUAUCAUCCAAUAAAAGAUGCAUUUUGGAAUAAAGGUCAAAAAACUCCAUAUUUAGCUCUUACCAGAACAUUUCAAUUAAUUGAGGAUACUAAAGGGCGAUUAAAAAUGGUUGAAAUAUUAGGAAAUUUUUUUAGCUCCUUGAUAUUGCUGAAUCCCGACGACUUACUGCCAAGUAUUUAUCUUUCAAUAAACCAACUGGCUCCAGCAUACGAAGGUUUAGAACUUGGUGUUGCUGAACACACACUUAUGAAAAUUAUUUGUGAUGCAACCGGUCGUAAAAUGGACUUUAUAAAGUCACAAACUCACAUAACUGGUGAUUUGGGCAUUGUUGCAGAGCAAUCGAGAAUGGCUCAAAGAGUGAUGUUUAAACCUGCUCCAUUGACAAUUAUGGGUGUUUUUAAAAAGUUAAAAGAGAUUGCCAAAGCACCUGGCAAAAACAAAGUUGUGCCGAUAAAAGAUGUAUUUAUAGCAUGUCGCAGUUCCGAGGCAAGAUUUUUUAUAAGAUCGUUAAUAGGCAAACUUCGUAUAGGCAUUGCCGAACAAAGUUUACUUAAUGCUUUGUCCACAGGAAUUGUGAAGGCCAAAAAUGUAGAUAAUCUGAAGAAAAUGAGUGAAGAUACAUUAAAAAAUGAAAUUGAAGCCAAUGCUAUGAUCUUAAAAACAACGUACUGUCAAUGUCCGAAUUAUGAUAAAAUCAUACCAACUUUAUUAGAAUUUGGAAUGGAUGAAGUACAAGUUCGUUGUCCCAUGGUGCCAGGUAUUCCAAUUAAGCCGAUGUUAGCACAACCUACAAAAGGGGUAUCAGAAGUGUUGGAACGUUUUGAUGGUCUUAUGAUUACUUGCGAAUGGAAGUACGAUGGAGAACGCGCCCAAAUACAUUGCGACGAAAAUGGCGUAAUUUCAAUUUUUUCUCGAAAUCAAGAAAACAAUACUUCUAAAUAUCCGGACGUCAUAUGCCGCAUAGGAAGCUUUUCAAAAUCCAGUGUACAAUCUUAUAUACUUGAUAGUGAAAUUGUAGCUUGGGAUGUGGAACAGAAAAUGAUUUUACCAUUUCAGGUGCUAUCCACCCGUAAACGAAAAAAUGUGGAUGUAAAUGAAAUUAAAGUCCAAGUAUGUGUUUAUGCAUUUGAUUUAUUGUAUCUCAACGGAAAACCAUUGGUUUUAAAUACAUUUGCUGAAAGAAGGCAAAUGAUGAAAGAACAUUUUACAGAAUUAGAAGGUGUUUGGAAAUUUGCUACGGCAAUGGAUACUAGCGACGUAGAUGAAGUACAACAAUUUCUUGAAGAAUCUAUAAAGGGCAAUUGUGAAGGAUUGAUGGUAAAAACCCUGCACAAGGAUGCGACGUACGAAAUUGCAAAACGGUCAAGAAAUUGGUUAAAACUUAAAAAAGACUAUUUAUCUGGUUGUGGCGAUUCAUUAGAUUUGGUUGUAAUUGGUGGUUAUAGAGGCAAAGGAAAACGUACGGGAAGUUAUGGAGGAUUUCUACUCGCUUGUUAUGAUAAUGAAAAUGAAGAGUAUCAAAGUAUUUGUAAAAUAGGAACUGGUUUCACUGAUGAAGCACUACAAAUGCAUGCGGAAUUCUUUAAAAAUCAUAUUUUGCCAUCUAAAAAAUCGUACGUGUGUUGCGACAACACUUUGGAACCAGACGAUUGGUUUGAACCCGUUCAAGUUUGGGAAGUAAAAUGUGCGGAUUUAUCAAUUAGUCCAAUUCACAAGGCUGCAAUUGGAAUUGCUGAUCCAGAGAAGGGAGUUUCACUACGUUUUCCCCGAUUUAUAAGAAUACGCGAUGACAAAAAUCCAGAAAUGGCGACGUCUGCACGUGAAGUAGCUUACAUGUACAGUUCCCAAGAUCAAAUAAAAAAUCAACAAAGUAGAGCGGUUGCUAUUGAAGAUGAAUUCUAUUAAAUUGUAACACAUUUCUUUAUUAAAAACUCCUUAAUGUAAUUUUUUGAUAAUACAUAAAAAUUAUAAAAUAUCUUU